GAGGUGGUUAUGUUACAAGAUAACACCUGGGCCCAAGGGGAGAGACAGCAGCCUGGCGUUCUGCGGGUUAGGUUACAUCCAACAACGGAAAUGAAUGGUGAAAUGUCAAUGGAGGCCACUAGGAGACGCACCCAGCACAGUGCAAAUGGGAAAUCAUCAGAGGAGGUGAAGCAGCCAGCUCAGUGGGGUAGAGCAUGGGAGGUGGACUGGUUUUCCCUGAUGGGCGUCAUCACCCUCCUUUGCUUUGCCCCCUUCAUCGUCUUCUACUUCGUGAUGGCCUGUGACCAGUACCAGUGCUCCAUCAGUCAGCCUAUGCUUGAACUGUACAGUGGAGAGACAACCCUGCUCUCCAUCUGGGCCCGGUCACCCUCCUUCACCUGGUCAGCUGCCAAGAUAUAUGCCAUCUGGGUGGCCUUUCAGGUGUUUCUCUACAUGUGUGUUCCGGAUGUUACCCACAAGUUUAUUCCUGGCUACGUCGGCGGAGUCCAGGAUGGAGCACGAACUCCUGCUGGCUUGAUUAAUAAGUAUGAAAUCAAUGGUCUGCAGAGCUGGCUGAUCACUCAUGCCUUGUGGGUCGCCAAUGCCCACUACUUCCACUGGUUCUCCCCCACCAUCAUUUUUGACAACUGGAUCCCUCUAAUGUGGUGCACCAACAUACUGGGCUACGCUGUGUCUACCUUUGCUUUCAUAAAGGCCUACCUUUUCCCAACAAACUCUGAGGACUGUAAAUUUACUGGGAACGUUUUCUAUAACUACAUGAUGGGCAUUGAAUUUAAUCCACGCAUUGGCAAGUGGUUUGACUUCAAGCUUUUCUUUAAUGGACGGCCUGGCAUUGUGGCCUGGACACUUAUUAAUCUGUCCUACAUGGCCAAGCAACAAGAACUGUAUGGCCACGUCACCAACUCCAUGAUCCUGGUCAACAUCCUGCAGGCCAUGUACGUGUUGGAUUUCUUCUGGAACGAGGCGUGGUACCUGAAAACCAUUGAUAUCUGCCAUGAUCACUUUGGAUGGUAUUUGGGAUGGGGAGACUGUGUGUGGCUGCCAUACCUCUACACACUGCAGGGCCUGUACCUGGUCUACCACCCGGUCCAGCUCUCCACUGCCCAUGCCCUUGCUGUCCUGUUGCUUGGCCUGAUUGGUUAUUACAUCUUCCGCUCCACCAACCACCAAAAGGACCUGUUCAGACGCACUGAAGGCUCCUGCUCCAUCUGGGGCCGUAAGCCAACGUACAUCGAGUGCUCGUACAGCUCCGCUGAUGGUGAAAUCCAUCGAAGCAAGCUCCUGACCUCAGGGUUCUGGGGCGUGGCCCGACACUUAAAUUACACUGGUGACUUAAUGGGCUCUCUGUCAUACUGUGCUGCAUGUGGCUUUGGACACCUGCUCCCGUACUUCUACAUUGUUUACAUGACCAUCCUGUUGGUUCACCGCUGUGUGCGUGAUGAGCACCGCUGCAGCAGCAAAUACGGUAAAGACUGGAAACGGUACACUAAUGCUGUGCCGUACCGACUGAUCCCUGCUGUGUUUUAAAGUGAGGAAGAGGAUGAGAGGAGCGAGAUAAUUUCACUAAGACAAUUAAACAAAUAAUGAAAUUGGUAA